AGUACAAUUAAGUUAUGCUUCUGUAAAUAUUUAUUUAAUAAGCCGCGUAUUCAUAAAAUACAGAAAUGUACACGAUAUUAUAUUGUUUUGUACUGUGGACUGGUGUUAUAGCUAAAAAUAUGGCACCACCUUUGGUGACCACCUCGUUGGGGGAACUUCGGGGAACGUGGAGCAUCUCAACCAGGGGUAGGCCUUACGCUGAUUUCCAAGGUAUUCCUUAUGCGGUACCGCCCGUCGGCUCUUUGAGGUUUAAGGAACCCGAACCUGCUAGGCCAUGGACGGGCGUAAAGGACGCGAGCAAAUCAGGGUCAAUUUGUCUACAAUAUCAUGGAAUCACCAAGACUAUGAUGGGUUCCGAGGACUGUUUGUACAUGAACAUCUACACGCCGUUCCUGAAGCCAGAGCGACCUCUGCCUGUGUUAGUGUUCAUACAUAGCGGUGCAUAUUUAUUUGGCACCGGGAACAGAGUCGAUUUUGACCCUUCCCGGCUAAUGGAUUGGGACUUAAUAAUUGUAACCAUAAAUUACAGGCUGGGCGCUUUAGGAUUUCUGAGCACGGGUGACCAUGUUGUCCCCGGUAAUAAUGGCUUAAAGGAUCAGUCGCUUGCCCUCCAUUGGAUCAAAAAUAAUAUACAAGAAUUCGGUGGUGACAAGGACAGUAUCACGCUGUCGGGCUCCUCAGCAGGAUCCUCCAGUGUCCACUAUCACUGUCUCUCACAUAUGUCAAGAGAUACUUUUACACGAGCCUUUUUGAGUAGCGGCUCUGCCUUCAACCCCUGGGCAUAUACACAUAAACCAACGAAACACGCAAAAAAAUUGGCAACCCUUGCUAACUGUUCCACCACUUCAUCCCAAGAGAUGAUAGACUGUCUGACCAGCAAAUCCGGAGAAGAGAUAAUUAGAGCUCAAUCAGGAAUGUAUGAAUGGGCGGAUCACUUGUUUACACCGUUCGUACCAACGGCUGAGCCAUUGGACACCAAGAACGCAUUCCUGACCAAACAUCCUCUGGAAGUAUCGCGAUCUGGUGACGUGUAUAGGGUGCCUAUUAUCGUUACUUUCUGUGCCCAAGAAGGACUAUACCCUGCAGCUUAUUACACGAGGAAAGGAGUGUUGAACUACAUCGCAUCUAACUGGGAACAGGUUGCCAGUGAUAUGUUCAAAUACAACGAUACAAUACCCGAGAGCAAGAACACCCUAGUGGCAUCUAUGAUAAAAUAUUAUUACUUUGAAGAUAAGCCAAUUUCGGAAGAUACAUUCCCACAGCUAAUUCAGGCACUCAGUGAUCGUCUCUUCAUUAAUGGUAUUAAACUUAUGGCAGAAGAACACGUCAAAAGGACUAGAAAACCAACUUACCUUGCUCGGUAUAGUUUUCGUGGAAAUGGAAGCUUCAGCUUUCUCUUAUCGGGCAGCACGAAAAUUUAUGGUACAUCACAUGGGGAUGAUUUGAUCCACAUUCUGCCACUGUCCGAGAUGUAUGGAAAUGCCGAUGACGUCCGGUUGGGGAAUAUUUACACUAACAUCUUUUACACUUUUAUGACCUCAAACAUCCCUAAAGUACCUGGUGUGAAAUGGCUACCAGUUAAUCCAAAUGAUGCAGAAGUUAAUUACCUGGAGAUAUCCUCUCCAGACAAGAUAAAGAUGAAUAAAACCUCAGAUAUCGGACCCAUAACCUUCUGGAACAGUCUUCAUCUCGAUGGCGACGCUACCAAAUUCUCUAGAAUUUAAGAAGAAUACGUUGAAGAUUAAAGAAUAUACAUAGGAAUUGCCAGAUAUUUAUGUCAUUAUUUUAUAGUCAAAUUAUUUCAUUCCUAGACCUAGAUAAUAAUAAUAAUAAUAAAAAAAUUAUUUCUCUGUAUCCCAGUUACAAUUUUGUCUUAAAGUUAGGCAGUUAAGUAUAAAUAAGGAAAUAUAAAGAAAGAUGUUUACUCAUAUUAAUAAAAUACCUUGUGACAUAGGUAUUUGUUGUCUUUUGAACUGUAAAAAACAAUGUUAUUGACAGGUAGGUAAUAUUCGAUCAUAUUUAAGUAUGAGAAAAUUUUAAAUUUAUUUGACAAUAGCUAACAUAUGCUAUACUUUCUAAGAUUUACUCAAGUAAGUUAUGUAUAUGUAACUACUAGUACAAAUUAAAUAGACCCUUUGAAUAAAAUGAAUAAAGAACAUGUCAUUACGGCAUUUUACACUCAAUGGAGUGUUUAUUACGGUAUUUCAAAGAAAACCUAGUGAAAAAUAGCGUUCCUCCUGAGCUACAAAAUUAAGUCGGAAAUCAUAUUUAGUCCGGAAAGCGUGGCGCCACACGCAGUUGGACCUAAUGUAAUCAAUCAGUCACAUACUAAAGCCAAUAAUAUCCUUGUGCGGAUAGGUUUUGUAUAUGUACGGUACAAUGAAUGUCCUUUCAGAACCAAUAAAAUUCAUAAUAAUAAAUAAGUUCACAUUCAGAAAUCAAUCCUUCGAGCCGGAUCAUAUAUGUAUAUACGGAUCUCGUACACAAUAUAAAUAAAAAGAAGAGAAAGUCAGUUAAAUACUUAGUUUAUUACUUUAUUUAUUUAUUGCAUGUCACAAAGUACAAAGUUGUUAUAUAAGCAAAAAGCUUUCGUAAUUUUACAAUAAAAUAUAAAAACAACAAUGUCCAUUACUUUAGCAUCAGGAAAACAAUUAAAUUUUCUUUAUUAUUAAUCGUGAAAAACGAUCGUUCAUGAAUUCCUCAACGGUAUAAUAUGACUUUUUUAUUAGUAUUUCUUUAAGUUGUUUCACGAAUAUAUUAUUUUUCUUAAUGUACUUUGCAACCUCCAGAAUGUAUACAGACGAUUAUGUACUUUACAGCUUUGCCUUGAUAUUAAUUUGCUUUUAUAUUUAUUAGGAUACGGAGGAAUUUCUUUUGAUUUACGAGACUCGAGUCCGUCUCCCCCAUAGUAUGACGCAGUGCUGUUUUAUAAUCAGUAUUUGUUUUUAAAAUACCAAGCGCAUAAAUAUAUUGAGACAAUUUGGCCUAAAUUUUCUGAAUAUGAGCUUUCCAACUUAGAUUACAAUCGAUGGUAAUUCCCAGUAAUGUAACUUCAUUAACUUAUAAUUUUUUUCGUUUUCUAUGUAUUUGUCUAAUUGAAGGGAUGUUUUUUGGUAAGGUUUGAAUUGUACUAUUAAAAUUACAUUGAUAUUGAUGGUAAGCACUUAUUAUAUUAUAUGUAUUUAGUAUGGGACUCUAUGGAUAUUUAGUAUUGUAUUAUCAAAAUUAUGAUACCCUUUGAAUAAACACACGGACGUGGACGAUUCAUAACUUACCUAAAUCACAUUAAAAUAUUUAGAAUUGUAUUAUAAUAAAAUUUUCAGAACAAUAAAAUAAAUCGAUCC